AUGCACCAAGUGUUUCGCAUCGUCGAGCUCCUGGAGCUCAUUUUCCACCAUGUCCAGGACCAGGUGGCCUAUGCACAGCUUGCUAUAACAUGCCAGUCCUUCCGGGAGCUUGCGUUCGAUGGUUUGUAUGCACACAUCCAAUCCUUUGCCAAGUUCCUCAAGUGUCUACCACGGGAUCUGUGGCACAUGGAAGAUUCACAGACAAUCGGAUUUAGACGCGAUUUUACGCAAGAUGACUGGGGCAAGCUGUUCUCUUACACCAGGCGGAUCAAAACUGUCGUGAUCAACAACAGGGAUGUUGUCUCUAACAAGGUUGCUGCCUCGCUGCGCAGUUGUCCGUUCCCAUCUCUCUUUCCACAGCUUCACGCCUUGCACAUCAAUGGAUAUCCUAUUCUAACCCCAAUGCACCGCGUUCUCAUGGUCCCGACUCUGCGUACACUUACCGCGCGAGACAUGGACGUGUCAUCUCUCAUGGCCCCGACUCUACGAACAAUGAACAUGCAACAUGGUAUGGACAUGUCAUCUCCCACCAGCGCCAGCGACAGUCCGCUCGCUCGCCUCCCGAUGAUCGAGAACUUCAGUUGCGGGCGACAUCGCGCUGAACCUACAGCAUGGAUCAGUGACGUCCUGAAGGGUUGGAAACACCUAAGGAGCGUCGAUUGUGGCCCUCUUGAUGUAGAAGCACUCGAGCAUAUAGCUCGCAUGCCGCGUGUAUCAUCUCUGGUCCUCCCGGUGGCCGCUUCGGACGCAUGGCUUGAACGGCACUUCGGCAUUGCUCUCUGUGACGAACUCGAUCUACAGGUCGGCAACUUUGUCACGUUUUCUCGAGCCAUGCGCGCCUUGUUCAUGCCACCUCGUGACCUUGUUCUUUCUCGUAUAGUUGGCGGCUCUCGUUCCCUGGCACACCUCAGUUCUAUCACGAUUUAUUCGACUGACGCGCGCAAUUUCACGAGCCCGAGCCCAACCUCAACAACACCGUACUCAUUAUCCCACAUUACCAAUGCGCUUGUGUCAUGUGUUUCUCAUGAUCAUCUCACUGUUAUCAAGCUCUCCGACUACUGGACGAGCGGCAAGCCAUCUGGCCGCAUCAGACACGCGGAUCUAACACCUCUGUGCGUCUUCAGCCAACUCACCACGCUCGUGAUCAAGCUUCAGCGACAACGGAUCCUACUCGACGAUGAUCAGUUUGCUGACCUCAUCGCACGCUGGUCACGCCUUCACACCCUUUCUCUCGCCAAGUUCGAGCAUCCCAUGGGCUUAUCUAGCUUGCUUGCGGUGCUGCGGUCCUGUCCUGGGCUGCGUAAUCUGGAUGUCGCUUUUCGUGUUAGGUUGUCCGACGUGGAAGCGCUGCGAGUCACUCCCUCUCAGUCAAACAAUCCCGAUUAUGCCGAUCGCAUCGGGCAUGGUUCAGAGCUUCCAUGCAAUCGGUACAUCGAAUGGAUGAACAUGGAACAUGCCACGGAAGAUCCCGAGGACGCCGCUCCUCUCGCCAACUUGUUCCGACGCGUCGUUCCCGCGCUGUGCUCUUGCCAGCGCGCGAUCUCGUCGACCACCGGUGCUAUAAGCGGGCAAGAGGCGAGGUGGUGGAUGGAGCAGACUCGUCGGCGGACGAACGGGAGAGUGGAAGAGGCGAAGGAGUGGAAAGCGAUGUUUUGGUGUCUGGUGUUAGCCGAGAUGCGAGGCGAAACUACAGGCGUCGGUAAUCCGAACAAGGCAAGUUCCCACUACGCUCAGGAGCUACGUACUAGCUCGCUCUGAUGCUUGUAGACGGUGUACUACAGGUGGCCAUCAGAACUACUCAAACUGUGCAAUACCAAGUUCACACCGCCCGAUUAAAC